UUGCGUGUUCAGUGUUAGUGCACGUGUGCCCUCCAUAUCCAGAGGCUGUCUCCUCUGUCCGCAACCUGAGAACACACUAUGCCAUGAUGACAAGCGACCCACCUAAGAUGGAGGCUACUUUACCUAUUAUGAAAAAAAAAAUGUAUAAAAUGGACAACAUACACAGUGUUGAAGGUGAUGUCAGCCAAUUGGAAAGUCAGCAGAAUGUGGCAGUGACUCACUCCACAGCAUCAGGCAGCACUGAACAUUGUGAUGCAGUAAAUGGAAAUGAUGCACUUAUAUCAGCAGCUGGAAAUGAGAAAAGGAAGAAGAAGAAUAGAAGGAAAAAAGAUAAAUUAAAAGUUAUGAAUUCAGAAAAUAGAUUGCCUGAUCUAGAAACAUUUUUGAAUUCUAAUGAAGUGAGUGCCAAAGUGAAUAAUGGGAACAAAAAACAAAUAGAAGACAAAGAGCAAAGAAGGAAAAAAAAGACUAAGGACACCAGCUCUAAGCAGUGUUCAUCAUCACAUUCGCCGUCUGAACAAAAAUUUGUGCUCCAAAAGCUGUGUUCUCCCAAGUCUACUCAGGGAAACGGUGCUGAUGCAUGUGGUGGAGAAGCGGAAAGAUCGAAUAGCCAAUCACUGGAAGGAAGGAAAGAGUAUAAUACUUUUGACAAGUACUUAUCUACAAGGGAAGUUAAGGCAGGUCUUGCAGCAAAUGUUUUAAUUAAAGGUUCCAUACGUAUCAACCAGAAAAAUUACAAGGAAGCAUAUAUCAACUCACCGGACAAAUGUCAGGAUAUCCUGAUUGAAGGCAUGAAAGAUCGAAAUAGAGCUUUAGAAGGGGAUGAAGUAGCUGUAAGGAUUAAUCCGGAAUCAGAAUGGAAGGUUCAAGACUCAAGCAAACAGAAGACUGGGAAAGUUGUGUAUAUCUUCGAAAAAGUACAUCCACAAGUUGGUGUAGGAUUUCUUAAACCGAUGCCAGAUCAGAGCAAGGACUUUGCCCUCUUCUCACCAAGAGAUCAUCGUAUUCCACGUAUGAGAAUUCCAAUAGAAAAGUGUCCAGAAAACUUCCUAGUGGAUGCUGAGAAGUACAAAGAUGAUUAUGACAUUAUAAAGGAAAUUGGAGUGUGUGGUGAUCUGAAUUCAGAAACUAUGGCUAUACUGCUGGAAAAUGAUAUUGAUUUUUCACCAUAUGAUGUCAGGCUGUAUCAGUAUUUCCGUCAUUCACCAUUUCAAAUACCGGUGGAAGAAAUAAAAUCAAGAUCUGAUCUCAGGAAUGAGUGCAUUUUCACAAUUGAUCCUCAGACAGCACGUGACCUGGAUGAUGCUGUUUCAUGCAAGGAACUUGGCAAUGGCAACUUUUUGGUUGGAGUUCACAUCUCAGAUGUUUCAUACUUCCUGAAAGAGGGCACCCCUCUAGACCAAGCAGUGGCCAAGAAAGCAACGAGUACUUAUUUGGUUCAGUCUGUGUUCCAUAUGCUGCCUACAGAAUUGUGUUCUAUAUGCUCUCUGUUACCUGGUGAUGAUAAGCUAGCUUUUUCAGUCUUCUGGGAGAUAACACCGCAAGCAGAAAUUCUGAAGCACUACAUCACACGUUCUGUCAUCAGGUCAUGUGCUCAACUUUCCUAUCAGCAUGCACAGGUUAUGCUGGAAAACCCAGACAAACAGUGGAAUAAAGAUGAACUGCCACAAAUCUAUGGAAAAUAUGCACCUAAGGACCUGAGUUGUGUGGUGAAUACUUUGAAUCGCCUUGCUGUCAUCAUGAGAGCCAAGCGGUUUGGAGAUGGUGCUCUGAAGAUUGAUCAGCCAAAACUCUGUUUCUCCCUGGUGAAUGGAAGUGGUCUUCCUUUGGAGUGUUCAUUAUAUGUUAACACAGAGAGUCACAGGCUCAUUGAAGAAUUCAUGUUGUUGGCCAAUAUGACUGUUGCAAAACAGCUCUCUGCGGAUUUCCCAGACCUAGCUUUCCUACGUUCUCAUCCAGCACCCUCUCCAUACAUCAUGAAAGAAUUAAAAAAGUCUCUGGAGGAAAGAGGAAUCUUCAUUGAUAUUAGUUCUGCUGGUGGCUUACAAGCCUCGAUACAUCAGUAUGAUGGUGAUGAUCCCAUUAGCCAAGCCAGGAUGUUGGUGCUUAACAAUCUGUGUGCCAGAAGCAUGAUUAGAGCCAAGUACUUCUGUGCUAAUUUUAUUAAUGCAGAAGAAGGUUUUUGGCACUAUGCCCUCAAUGUACCUCUUUAUACACACUUCACAUCACCGAUCCGGAGAUACGCAGACGUGAUGGUGCAUCGAUUAUUGUGUGCCUCUCUUGGGUACUCACCUAAGCCCAAUUGGAAGCCCGAUUCUGUGCAGGCUACGGCAACAAACUGUAACAGGCAGAAAUAUCAGGCCAAACGGGCUGGUGAACAGAGUACUGAGUUGUAUCUCACAGUGUAUAUUGGUCUACAUGGUCCAAUGAUCGAAGAGGCAGUCGUGAUGGAUGUGAAAGACCUCUCAUUCGAUAUUAUCAUUCGCAGGACAGGACUGGUUCAAAGAAUCUACACAAAUAAUUUACCAUUUCCAGCCAAAGUGACGUGUAGAGCGGAGAAUAAGAAAAUCAUGGCACAGGAGAUUGAGUGGCUUCCAACAGAUACAGUACCAUUUGGAACACGCUUGGUCGUGGAAAUCUUCAGCAUCGUGACAGUUGAAUUGUCUCGUUCCCCAACUUCACUGAAGGUGGAAACUCGUCUGCUCAGACCCCCAACGUCUGUAGCAUUCUCCACGUAAAAGAUGCUAUAUAAAUAGUAAGAUGGUAAGUAAUAAGGCCAAAUAUUGUGACAAUUGCUUUGGAACUGAAAUUUGAUGUAAAUGUCAAUGAAAAGGCCUGAUGAACUCUGAAGACUCUUAGAGAUGAAAACAAACAUAAUGAUACUACACAUAAUGUUACUACACUACAUGUUUUGAUCUUUUGACCUUAACCUUUAAGAGCCGAGCGAUGCCAUAUGGCGUCAUUAAAAUAAAG